AUGGAUUCUUCGGAUACCACAAGAUACGUUCCUGAGUAUAGAAAGGCCAAUUUCAAGAACAGGAAUCGUUUUCAAAAGGAUGAGGUUAGAAGAAGAAGAGAAACGCAACAAGUUGAAUUAAGAAAGCAAAAGCGUGAACAGUUGUUGACAAAAAGACGAAAUUUCAACCCUGAAGCCCUUUCAAAUGCAGAUGAUUCGGAGAGUGAAGAUGAGACGGAUGCCUCAAAUGGUGGCGAGCACAUGUUCUACACAAAACUGCAGGAAGAGUUACCAAAGAUGAUUGAGGAUAUAAACUCUUCAGAUCUUGAACGUCAACUUGAUUCUACUAUUAAGUUCAGACAAAUUUUGUCUAAAGAGCAUAAUCCACCUAUUGAUCUUGUCAUUGAAACAGGAGUUGUCCCACGUCUAGUUGAGUUUAUGAAAACUGGCCCUGAAGUUUUGCAACUUGAAUCAUCAUGGGCGUUGACCAAUAUUGCCUCGGGAACGUCUGAACAAACAAAGGUCGUCGUUGAUGCAGGUGCAGUUCCUCUUUUUGUGGAUCUUCUUUACUCUUCUUCUGCUGAAGUUAAGGAGCAGGCAAUUUGGGCUUUGGGUAACGUUGCAGGAGAUUCUUCGGCAUAUCGAGAUUAUGUCUUGUCAUGUAAUGCAAUGGAUCCGGUUUUGUCUUUGUUCCAAUGCUCGAAAAUGUCCUUGAUUAGAACUGCCACUUGGACACUCUCCAAUCUGUGCAGGGGCAAGAAUCCUCCACCGGAUUGGCAAAUUGUAAAGGGGGCUCUCCCAACAUUGGCAAAGCUCAUAUUUUCAGUUGAUGUGGAAACAUUGAUUGAUGCAUGCUGGGCUAUAUCUUACCUCAGUGAUGGAACUAGCGAGGCUAUUCAGGCUGUUUGUGAUGCGCGUAUACCCAAAAGACUGGUCGAAUUAUUAGGUCAUGAGUCAACUCUUGUUCAGACCCCGGCUUUGCGUGCAGUUGGUAACGUUGUCACGGGAAAUGAUUUACAAACACAGAUAGCCAUUAAUGUUGGUGUAUUGCCCGCUCUUGCUCCGUUACUUAGAUCUCCAAAAGAAUCUAUUCGUAAGGAGGCAUGCUGGACAAUUUCUAACAUCACUGCAGGAAAUACUGAACAAAUUCAGGCUGUUAUAGAUGCCAAUCUCAUUCCACAGAUUAUAAAAUUAUUAGCUGGCGGUGAUUAUAGGACCAAGAAGGAGGCAUGUUGGGCUCUUUCCAACGCUUCCUCUGGUGGGCUCACACAACCUGAACAAAUUAGAUAUCUGGUGAGUCAGGGUUGCAUAAAGCCGCUUUGCGAUUUAUUGGCCAUAGCUGAUAAUAAGGUAAUCGAGGUUUCGUUGGAUGCGCUUGAGAAUAUUCUUAAGGUUGGUGAAAUGGAGAAGGAAGCGCACGGAUCAAACGUGAAUGAGAAUGCAAUUUAUAUUGAAGAGGCAGGUGGUGCUGAAAAGAUAUCUGAAUGUCAAAACAAUGAGAAUGAUAAGAUAUAUACGAAAGCAUAUCAUAUUAUAGAGACAUACUUCAAUGGUGAUGACAAUGAUGACGAAGCAAACGAGUUACAACCUGAAGCUUCUGGAGAUCAAUUCGGCUUUGGUGUCAAUGAUAACUACCAGCAACAGGGGGGGUUCAAUUUUAACUGA